AGCUAACCGGAAGUAAAAUCUGUGCUUGCGUAGAAAAUAAUUAUUCUGAGAAGUCGAGAACAUUUCGACAUUUAUUUGUAUGUUACAACAAUACUACACUAUCCAGACGAUUAACACGGUAACCGAACAAAGGGAGGUGCAUAUUAAAGAAGCAGCACAUUAAGGUUGCCGAAUACAGCAUGUCACUAAUUAGUGAUGGAGAAUAUGGACCUCUUGAUGAUGAUGACUUCUCCAUGAAUGCAUUCUCUGAAACAGCAGUCAGACAUGCAUUCCUGAAGAAAGUUUAUGGCAUCCUUUGUGUACAGUUGUCUGUGACGAUAGCAUUCAUCUGCUUCUUCUUAUAUGUACCAGCAGUUCAACAGUUCUCAGCUGCCAAUCCAGCAUUGUGGUAUGUUGCCAUUGCUGGGACGUUUGUGUGCAUCAUAGUUCUUGCAUGCUGCAAUGACUUCAGGAGGAAAACACCAUGGAAUUUAAUCAUGCUCAUGGUCUUUACACUAUUUGAAAGCUGGCUACUGGGAGCUGUUGCAAGUUGCUACAAAGCUGAUGCUGUCAUGUGGGCAGCUGUUAUCACUGCCGUUAUUGUGUUGGGAUUGACAAUCUUUGCCAUGCAGACAAAGUAUGACUUUACAAUGUGUGGAGGUGGUCUUCUGGUACUACUUCUAGUUCUGUUUUGCUUUGGCUUGCUCUGUGCCAUCAUAAGGAGCCAGUGGGCCAACAUUGCAUAUGCAUGUUUAGGAGCUCUGGUCUUUGGAAUGUACCUAGUCUUUGAUACGCAGAUCAUGCUGGGAGGAAAACACCAGUACUCAAUUAGCCCUGAGGAAUACAUCUUUGCUGCCCUUAAUCUUUACCUGGACAUUGUUAACCUAUUUCUUUUCAUAUUGAGCCUUGUUGGGAGAUCAAGGUAGACUGAUGGAUACAGACUGUGUAGAAUAGGAUAGUGAACAAUGUAUACAGAAUAGGGGAAAUAGGCAAUUCCAACUGUGAUACAUUGAAUGGGACGCCAUUUUUAUUUAUUCAAGCUAUGUGCUAUAGUCUUGUAAUUUUGGAAAAGUACCAUAGUACUUUAAUUUAACAUAUGGUAAGCAUUAGACUUAAAGGGGAAAACUAAGUAUAAAAGGAAGAUUGAACAGCCUAAAUAACUGUUGAAAAUAUUUGAAUCGCUGGAACCAGUAAAAAUAAUUUGUUUUUGCCCAUGUCUUGAUUUCUUGAAGUACAAGAUAAUCCAAACAGUCAAUUCAAAGCCAUGAAGAAGAUAACUGUGAUAUCAGAUCUGAGAAUCAUAUAGUAUAUUUCAAGCAAUCUCAUAUUUUUCAUCUGAUCUAACAUAAUAUACAGUAUUACAUAAUACCCCCCCCCCCCCCGGGUGCUUCAAUAUAAAUAAAGUUUUCCUCUUUCAUGUCUUUAGGUAUUUAAUGUAAGAUGGAAGUGGUCACAUAUUGUUGUAUAUA